GAUUUACUUGCACCAUGUUGAAGAUCCCUUGCAAGCCUUUCCUCUGUAGUCUGCUGCAUAAUUGUUUAAUAAACCGCUCUCUCCGGGACUUGAAACCUGGAUUUCCUGUAAUCUGCAAUAAAUUGCAUAGUCUGAGAUUCGAACCCCAGACCUGGGUGUAGAAGCCUUUAGACCUUAACCAAUAGGCUACGGUACUUCCACAAUUUAUACCUAGUUACAAUAGUAUUUAUCAAACUUACUCGUAAGUACCAUCCACGCAACGCAAGUCGUGAGCGACGUAAUUUUGGUUUAUGUCGGUUUAGGCGCACGACGCGCAGAAAUUAGGGGUUUUGAAGUAAUGUAAGGGCUAGGAGCCUAGGACGAGUGCACUUGGCCCUUCUUCUUCAGGCGAAGGAAAAUUUAUUGUAAGGAUAGUGAGAGAAAUCUUUAUUGUCUUUGUUUUCUCUUCAUCGUCUAUUACUAUGGCUGGCCAAGGGACGCUUUACUCGUGAGUUUCCAAUUUUCCAGUUAUCGAAUAGUGCUGUUUUGAAGAUUAUAACCUUCAUGAGACUACGGAAUUGUUGAAUAGAUUAAAGGUUUUUUUUUUCUCUUGUACAACUGUUUGAAUGUGAUCCAGUUUUCUGUAAAAAUCAGAUUGUAUAGGGACUGAAAUAUUCUAGGGUUCUUAAGUAUGCAUUCGAUAUUAUAUUCCUUUGGACACCGAGUUUUAAUAGAGACUGUUAUAACGUAGUUCUUCCAAAAAAAAAUUGUUUAAACGUAGUAAGAUCUUACAACACUUAUGCAAUCUUUGAUCGUAGUGUAUUUUUGGGUUCACAAUCUCUGAAUAUUUUCGGUUUUAUAGUACAUGUGAUGUUUAUACGGUUCUUCUGUUAAGCACUAAAGAUUAUUUUCUUGAGAACUGAAUAUUACCAUAUAUCUCUGAUGCAUCUCAUUGUUACUCGUGGUCGUGUCCAAAGACUCACUUUGAGAUGAAUUCAAAUUGCAUAGAUAUGUUUAAUUUGAUGCCUUAUAACUCAUAAAAAAAAAAUCAAAAAUUGAUUUAUCUAUAUAAUAGGUCGAUCGUAGAUGUCAAAGGAAAUGGUUUCCUGGAUAACAAUAACCGGAGCAAAGAAGCUGAGAAGCCAAGUUUCGCUGACCUUCCACUAUGCCUCUUGGAAGUAAUAAUAUCUCAACUUGUUUUAAAAGAUAACAUUCGAGCUUCAGCUGUCUGCAGAACAUGGCGUGAAGCCGGUCUAUAUGUCCGGUUGGUAGACAAGCCUCCUUGGCUUAUGUACUUACCUAAACGUGGCAACUUGUUCGAACUCUAUGAUCCAUUGCAGCAGAAGAUGUACACACUUAAUUUACCAGAGCUAGCGAAAUCCACGGUGUGUUACUCAAGAGACGGAUGGUUGCUUAUGCGCAAAACUGCUUCAAACAAAAUGUUCUUCUUCAACCCAUUUACUCGUAAGCUCAUAAACUUGCCAAACUGUGAGUUAUCAUAUGAUGCGAUUGAUUUCUCCUGUGCGCCUACAUCUGGUACUUGCGUGCUAUUAGCGUUUAAGCAUGCUCGGUUUGGUAUCACCACUACGAGCACCUGUCAUCCCGGGGCAACAGAGUGGAUUACGGAGGAUUUACAUUUCACUCUUUCUUUUGGCAACGAUGAGCUCAAGCACAGCAAUGUUGUCUAUGCCAUACGUCGCUUCCAUUGCCUUGAUGGUAAUGGAAGCUUAUAUAACUUUGAACCCUCAACUCGUGUGUGGAGGUAUGAAAUGGUAUUACUACCGGAUUGUCCUUAUAUCUCAUAUAGAUUUAGGUACGAGUAUGGGCGUAAGAAGAAGAAAAUUUUCUUGGCGGUGCGAAAGGGAGACUUCUUUAAAAUAAUUACAUGCGGAGGUGAGAAACCGAUAGUGUAUAAACUAGACUCUAUACAGUGGAAGGAGAUCAAUAGUACAACACUCGAGGGCUUUACAAUCUUUACGAGUCUUUAUUCGUCUGAGAUGAGAGUCAAUCUCCCAUGGAUGAGGAAUAGUGUUUACUUCCCAAAGCUUCGUUUUAGUUGCAAGUGUUGUGUAUCGUAUUCGUUUGGAUUAUCCGCGUAAGCAGUGGCAAGAACAGGAGGAUUUAUGUCCUCUUGAGAAUCUUUGGAUUAGGCCGCCCAAGAGAGCAUUGGACUACAUGUGAAGCUUAAGCAAUUGCAAAACUUGAUGAGAACUCCUCUCCUUAUGGUGGAUAAUUGAUUAAGAUCAUCACAUUUAUCCUAUGACUUGACUCUUUUCAUUUUAAAUUUAGCUAUGUGCUUAAAUCCUUUUUCAUGGUUUGAACUAUUUUUUUUUUACCUUGAUGUUAAUUGUAGACCUAGAACCAGUUGGAUAAUGACUGUUUUUUCUUUUCUUUUGAAGAACUAAAAACCAGAAAGUUAAAUGCGGACUGCAAAAUCCAUGGUUUUACUUAUACAAGGCAAGGGUUAAUGGUUGUGGUUCUUUGUGAAUGUGGGCAGUUGAGAUUUCAGAUGCAGAAUGGAUUCAUGCAAAUCACAAAUGCUCGAGUAAAAUAACUUCACUAUGAAUUUUUGAGUUUGGAAGUUCAAACUUCAAAGCGGUAAAAAAAGAACUUUUUGUAUAAUCGUUGUCAAGUUGUAACAACAGCCACUGGUGACAAAUCUAUGUUGAGUUUGUGAGAGAAGCUAUUCACUAUGAUUUUUUAAACUAAUAUGUAGUUUUGUGUAGAUUUUUAGUAAUUCUUUUGUUAAAAAUUCAAUUUUAUAUAGAUUUAAUUUAUAAUAGUGCCCCCAAUAAAAUUUUACUAAUUGGCCGUUACCAUCCUAAACACAAUUUUUUUUAACACUGAAUAACAUAUUAUAUCAUCGUAUCAUAUGAUCUCUACAUAUUGAUAAUCAAGAAGCUCUUCUCGAAACAUUUGGAUCGUUAAAGCACCAUUAACCUAACAAUCUAUAAUGGGGUGUUUAAAUUUUUAUUUUUAUUUUUCAUGAUUAAAAAAGAUUAAAAAUAGACCAAUCACAAACUGCUACGUGUUAGUGGAGCCCGUGAACAGUGCAAGCAGUGGUGCUUAAUAUGCUUCAGAAAAGCUGGUGCUUAAAAUUUUGUGGGUCUCACCCUAAAUGCCAUCCACUAUUAUAAUAUUUUUUUAAAACAUCUUUCCCCUGAGCACUUGGAUUAAUGGUGCUCUUAGAGCACCCGCAAUGGGAAUCCUUAAGGGGGAGUCCUUAGGAAAAAAAUAAUUAAAUAAUCGGUAGACCCUACCAAAAGCUAAGGAUUCAAUCCUUAAAAUUCCUAAAUAAGGACUCUUUCUUAGUGAAUCCUUGCACUAUUUACGGGUCCCGACGACAUGUGGCGAUCCGCGAUUGGUUGAUAUUUAUUUUUUUAUCUAAAAAAGAAAAAAAUAAAUAAUAAUACUUAAAAAAUCAAAAUACACUUUUUCUAAGGACUCCCCUUAGAGUAACACCAUUGCGGGUGCUCUUAUACACGUGAAUACGAAUAAACUUUUUUAAUCCUUUGCAGACCAGGUGGGGAGUUUUUUUUUUUUUUUUUUUGUCAGGAAGAACCUUAUUUAUCUAACCGUUUGUGCUUCAGAAGAGCAUGUUACAGAAGCGGUAUACAUAAAAUGUUGGUUUUGGGACAUGCUUAUUGGGCCAACGUAAGCCCACGGGGCCCAUUAAUUCAUAUCUCCCCAGAGCUUAUACGUCGGAAACAGGUGUGCGAUAUCUGAUUCUGGAAAGAAGGCAGUGCUAGAGAGAGGUUGAGUAGAGAUGGAAGAUUCAGGAGCGAUUCUAUGUCAAAUCUCCGUUUACAAGGACAUGCUUGAUCAGGUUUCGCUUCUUCUUCCUCCUCCUCCUCGUCUCUGCUCACUUUCUCGCGGUUAGCUUUGAACAACGUGAUCGGUUUCGUAAAGGUCAAUUUGGAAAUCGAGGCGAACAUUCAAGUGACGCGAGAGAUCGAAUCGGAUAUCGUCAAGUGUUCUGAGAUUGAAUCGUCUCGCUCCGUCAAGGAAUCCGAUCUUACUAGAUCGUUCCUCGCUUCUCAGUACGAGCUCACCGGCUUGAUCUCCGUAACAGGCGAUUCAAGAAACUCUCUGAAGCUAUUGGAUGAGGAGAUUCGUCGCCUGAGGAACGAACACUCUGAGAUACUCAGAAGGAUAACCGAAAAGAGGUAAAUAUUAAUCCCGUUGGCUGAGUUCUCUGGCUACUCCGCGUUGUAACGGAACGUUAAUGAAUUUGUACAUAGGGAAGGGUUUGUGAAGAUGUGCUUUGAGUUUCAGAGGGAGAUUUGUGCUGAUGAGGAUAGUGAAUUGAGGAAUUUGUUGUGUGAGAGGGAGUUUCUUGAAAAUGCAGUUCGAGUGUUAGAGGAGAAGAACUCAGAUGUGCAGAACUCGAUUUUGGCUUACAUGGAGGAUGAAAUGAUCAAUCUAUUGUCUGAUUAGUGACUUUGAUCUUUAACAAAGAAAAUAAAAAAGAAGAAGAGAAUCUUUUUUGAUGUUGGUUAUCGAUGGUUUGCUUAAUCAGAGAUGGGCUUACAACUUGUUCUUUGUAAGCCCCAGAGGAUUUUAUUAUACUAUCGAGUAGGCUUGAACGUUCCGUUCGAAAUGUUAAAUGUUUCUCUUCCACACAACUUUGCUGAUCUUUAAGAAUUUCUUGUUU